UGUGAAUGGAAUAAGUCCCUGUAUGUUUGCGUUAAAGCAUGGCCAGCAUUACUACAAAGCCUUUAAGUCUGUGCGUAAAUGCAUGACGCGCCAUGUGUCUGUCAUUUUAGACUUUACAUCAGUGUUUUCUUUUUUGCCUUUUUUUAUUGUCAUAUCCAGGAUUAGAGCCAGGAAGAUAUCGCCAUUAAUGACAGCCUUGCCCUGGCGCUGCGUCCUCGUCCACUCGCGCUGGCUCCAGUAAUGUUGCCUAGUUUUCUGGUUGCGUGGAAACUAAAGAAGGCUGUCUGAGCGAGCACUGAACUGUAGGAGCAUUUCCAGUGGCGCGUCGCAGCUGCCAGAGCGGCUCUCAGCACAAGUUUAACGAGCUGCAAGAGGACCUGAUGGAAGCGAAGCAAAAUAUUGACCGAACCGCUUUUCGAGCAGUGCUCUGAUCUGCUGGAACCAUUUCACUGUGGGGUACUUGCUGAGGAACACAUCAUGAAAAGGAGGGGGAAAGCGGCAAAGACGUGAGUGUGUGCUCAACAGCUACUGGGGAGGUUGAUAUCGACUUCACCUCCUGCACCCAGGUGGUCCUUCCUGGAGCAUGCCCAUAUCCCACCAUGUUGCUACCUCCAGACUGGUUACUGCGCCACUCAAUGGUAAUGUGUUUGCUGCUGCACAGCCUGGUGCUAAUGACCUUCUGCUUCCACCAUGCUGCCACCAGUUGCUCCAAGAGCUGUUAUUGUUCUGAGAGUGAGAGCGGCGGCAAGACGGUGCGAUGCAGCAACCUGCAGCUCACAGAGAUCCCCCAGGAUUUCCCCAAUGACACGCGACGUGUCUACCUGGACUUCAACCUCUUCACUACAGUCCCAACAAAUGCUUUUGCAGGUUUGCCCCACCUGAUUGAACUGGAUCUAUCACACAAUGAAUUAAGCCAGUUAGAACCCGGGGCAUUCAGAGGCCUUGGCUCCUCACUACAGUUCCUAGACCUUUCUUCUAACAAGUUAGUACACUUUAAUGCUGAGGCCUUUGAGGGCCUGAGGUCUCGCGCCAACCUAACAAACAAUCCGUGGCAUUGUGACUGCAACUUGCAGAUGGCCAUGCCGCAUGUGGACCUGGAGCCUGCAUCGCUGACGGGCAUUGUUUGCCAGACUUCAGAUCCGGAGGAGAUAGGAGUCCAAGGACUUGCCUUCCUGCUGGCACCAGACAUAGACCUAUGUGUGGUGAUGAAGAGGACUACAGAUGUGGCCAUGCUGGUCGUCAUGUUCGGCUGGUUCACCAUGGUCAUCUCCUACCUGGUCUACUAUGUCAGGGCUAAUCAGGAGGACGCACGCAGGCACCUGGAGUAUCUCAAGUCACUGCCGAGCAGACAGGGCAAGUCAGAGGAGUCCUCCACCAUUAGUACUGUGGUAUAGGGGCAACUGAGCUACACUUUGGACCUGAAAUGGUAACCCACACCAAACUGGAUGUAGCUUAAACCUGCGACUAUCGUCAAUCUAAGCUGGUUUUGCUCGGUUGUCGUCACAGAGCUGAGGUGGGCAAUGAGACAUCUGCACAAGAAAAUCAGGCCGAUGCAACCUAGCCAAGAUGAAUAAUUCAUAUUCUUGUGGCCCAUUAGGAGUUUUUGUUGGCCGAGUUGAUGGUCUAGUCUGUGCGCUAAGGGACUAAAAGCAGUUGUGUGUUUUUUUUGGCAAACUCCAAAUAUGGGAUACAAAUGGGAUUUAUUCAGUGGUGCAUGCACCUAGAUUCACCCUGCUCACACAGACAAUUACGAACGAGACAAACAGCAAGUUCAACAAUGGGAAAAGGCAACACUAGAAUGAAGAAACUCCAUGUGCAAAUGUGUUCCAUUAAAACCCCUUAUGGUAUU